AGAGAGAGAGAGGAGGGGAGAGUGCGGCAUACUUCCUCAAACGAGAGAAUCACAGAGUGGAAAAAAAAGAAGAAGAAAAAAGAAACGAGAGGAAGAAAAGAGGCAAAGUUUCGUCGAGUCGCGGUUCAGAAAGAGCCAGUGCUGAGUUUGCAGGACGAGGGGAUCCUGUAACUCGUCACCAUGGCUCCUUUCUUGAGAAUUACCUUCAAUUCGUACGACUUGGGCACCCUGCCUCCCUCUGCAGAUCCACCCUUCUGCGCAAUCAAGAUGAAGGAAGCUUUAACAACUGAACGAGGUAAGACUCUGGUUCAGAGAAAACCCACCAUGUAUCCAGCGUGGAAGGCCAGUUUCGAUGCACACAUCUACGAGGGUCGUGUGCUUGAGGUACUGCUGAUGAAGACGGCCGAGGAGCCGCUGGCCGAGGUCAGCGUUGGCGUGUCGGUCCUUGCUGAACGUUGCAAAAAAGCCAAUGGACGCGCUGAAUUCUGGGUGGAUCUCCUUCCUUCAGGGAAAGUGAUGAUGGCGGUGCAGUUUUUUCUGGAGGGCGUGGAUACAGAGAGUAAGCACACUGUGAAGGAGGAAGAAGUUCCUACCAUAAAUCGUAGACGAGGAGCCAUUAAACAGGCGAAGAUCCACUUCAUAAAGAACCACGAGUUCAUCGCCACGUUCUUCAGACAGCCCACCUUCUGCUCUGUGUGCAGAGAAUUUGUCUGGGGACUCAACAAGCAAGGCUAUAAAUGCAGACAAUGCAAUGCAGCCAUCCACAAAAAGUGCAUAGACAAAAUUAUCGGCAGAUGUACCGGCACUGCUGCCAACAGUCGGGACACUGUGUUCCAGAAGGAGCGGUUUAAAAUCGACAUGCCGCACCGUUUCAAGACCUACAACUACAUGAGUCCCACCUUCUGUGACCACUGUGGCAGUCUGCUCUGGGGUCUGGUUAAACAAGGCCUGAAGUGCGAAGAUUGUGCCAUGAAUGUCCAUCACAAGUGUCAGGAUAAAGUAGCCAACCUGUGCGGUAUCAAUCAGAAGCUGCUUGCUGAAGCGCUAACACAAGUCAGCCAGAAAUCWUCGACUCGUCGCUCGGAUCCUAACCUGCCUAACCUGAGUGACAUUGGAAUAUAUGAUGAAGUAAACAAGCUUGCUGGGCUUGACAUCUCCGAAGGCUCUCCCUAUGGCAAACUGUGGGAAGGCUCUGUUCAACGACCACAGUCUCGUAUUACCCAUCUGACUCGUAUCAACGUGGACAACUUCAUCUUCCACAAGGUGUUAGGAAAAGGCAGCUUUGGCAAGGUUCUCCUGGCAGAGCUCAAGGGAAGUAGAGAGUAUUUUGCAGUGAAGGCUCUAAAAAAAGAUGUUGUGCUGAUGGACGAUGAUGUGGAGUGCACUAUGAUAGAGAAGAGAGUCUUGGCUUUAGCCUGGGAUAACCCUUUCCUCACUCAUCUUUUCUCCACCUUCCAGACAAAGGAGCAUCUGUUCUUUGUGAUGGAGUAUCUGAAUGGAGGGGAUUUGAUGUUUCAUAUUCAGGAGAAAGGGCGCUUUGAGCUUUACAGAGCCAUGUUCUACUCAGCUGAGAUCAUCUGUGGUCUUCAGUUCUUGCAUUCCAAAGGAAUUAUCUACAGAGAUCUGAAGUUAGACAAUGUGAUGCUGGACCAUGAGGGCCACAUAAAGAUUGCUGACUUUGGGAUGUGCAAGGAGAACGUGUUUGGAGAGAAUCGUGCCACGACGUUUUGUGGUACUCCAGACUACAUUGCUCCAGAGAUCCUGCUGGGCCAGAAGUACUCGUUCUCAGUCGACUGGUGGUCGUUUGGUGUGCUUCUGUAUGAGAUGCUGGUCGGUCAGUCGCCUUUUCACGGAGACGACGAGGACGAGCUGUUUGAGUCCAUCCGCAUGGACACGCCUCACUAUCCCCGCUGGAUCAGCAAGGAGGCCAAAAGCUUGCUUGAGCAGCUGUUUGAGAGAGACCCAACACGCAGGUUGGGAGUUGUGGGUGACAUCACCGCACACGCCUUCUUUAAGCCCAUCAACUGGCAGGCAUUGGAGAGGAGAGAGAUUGAGCCACCCUUCAAACCCAAAGUGAAAGCACCAAAUGACUGCAGCAACUUUGAUCGGGAGUUCCUCAGCGAGAAGCCAAAGCUUUCGUACAGUGAAAAGAACUUCAUAGAUUCCAUGGACCAGUCUGCAUUUGCUGGUUUCUCCUUCAUAAACCCUGAGAUGGAGCACCUUUUAGAAAAGUGAUUGUUUUAACAUCAGUCUGACUCAGGAGACACUCCUGUUUAUGGAGCAGCUUGCUUACUCACAGAGAAGUGAGUUGUUCCUGAAUCAGUAUUUAUGUAACUUUAUUUUCAUCUUGRGUACAUCUAGAAUCAUGUCCUUGUACUGUAUAUAUUGAUGUUGUAUUUGUAUGCAUGCCUAUUAUUGUGCAAGGCUUUAAAAGCCUGUAUGUGUAGGAAUAAUAAUAAUAUUAUGGUGGAUGGAUAAAUCUUUACAUGUCACAUGCUGUCAUUGCAACCAUCUGCAGCAUUUUUAUUUCUUUUUUUUUUUUUUUACGAGAAGUUUGGUCCAACUGGGGAUAGAAAAUUGUGAAGAGGAAAAACAUCAACUGUACUGUUUUUAUUUCAGAUAUGAAUUAUGUAAAUGAGACAACUGCAUGUGUACGACUCAGAACAGUAACACAUCUGUCACACUAUAGAUUAAUAAUGAAUGUUGUCUUUCUAAAAUAUCUGAAUUCUUGUGUAAAUUAAAGGAACAGUGUGAUAAUCAAUAAUUCCCAGCAGCUGUACUCUGCGGCAUGGAUAGCUCUUACUUAUAGACCUGGAGGACUGAAUGUAGCCAUGGUUGCAGAGUUUUUAAUUAAUGUUACAUGAGUGUGGUCAGUAAGUGGGAUGUUAUUAAAAUGCUGUACAUAAACUUUGUAGAUGUAUAUUGUUCGUACCUGUAUAUUGUUUAACUAGGAUGUACUUUUUUAUUGUCUCCAUAUUUUACAUCUAAUUAAAAAACAUCUCAAGUUUG